AUUUUUGAAAGUUAACCGGAAACGAUGCGGACAGAGUAGUCAACCUACCUAUUAUCUCUAUCUUUAUAGGAGCGAAAUUAUAUUAUUUAGAUGGAAGUUUGUGUCAUACAUCAGUGAAAAUAUCAUGUUGAAGUUCAAGUACGUGAGCCAAGGCAGCCUGAAGAUGGUGCCUUGCUCUACGGAUCCUAUCACAAGCCGUAGCUCCCGGAUCAACCACCUCUUUCAGGGUCGAAUUAGCUUGUGUGGACAAGAGGAAAGAUGCAAUCUGGGCCGGGAGGAGUUUCUCGAGGCACUAUUGGUGCUCUAUCAAGAGUGCACCUCUCCCGACCUAAUGAAGAUGCAACACGUUGCCAACUUUGUCCACAAAUUUUCUGAGGUAGUCAUGGAGCUGCAGGCUCUGCAGCCUGGGCCACAGGACUUUGAGGUGCGAGCAGUAGUGGGUCGUGGUCACUUUGCUGAGGUUCAAGUAGUAAAAGAGAAGGCUACGGGCGAUGUGUGUGCCUUGAAAAUCAUGGACAAGGAGGUCUUACGUGCUGCAGAAAAUGUGGUGUUCCACGAAGAGGAACGAAGGAUCCUCUCCCUCAACAGCAGCCCCUGGAUCCCUCAGCUGUUCUGCGCCUUCCAGGACACAGAGCACGUCUACCUGGCUAUGGAAUACCUGCCAGGAGGCGACCUGAGUUCCCUGCUUAUUAGAUAUGAGGAUCAGUUCGAUGAGUCCAUGGCUCAGUUCUACCUGGCUGAGCUGGUGGAAGCCAUCCACAGUGUCCAUCAGCUUGGCUACGUCCACAGAGACGUGAAACCGGAGAACGUUCUGAUCGAUCGUACCGGCCACAUUAAGCUGGCAGACUUUGGCUCUGCUGCCAAGCUGAACUCCGAUAAGAAGGUGGUGGCCCCUGCGGCCCCCGUGGGCACCCAGGACUUCCUGUCCCCCGAGGUCCUGUCCGCUAUGAAGGGGGGCCAACCCGCCCUCUACGGGGUGGAGUGUGACUGGUGGUCCCUGGGGCUCAUAGCGUACGAGAUGAUCUACGGAAAAUCCCCCUUCUCCGACGGCACCUCCGCCAAGACCGUCCACAACAUCCUCAACUUCCAGCGGUACCUGAAGUUCCCAGAGGAGGUGCGCGCCAGCAGGCUCUUGGUGGACUUGGUGCAGAGCCUCCUGUGCGGAGCCCGGGAGCGGCUGGGCUACCAGGGCCUGCGCUGCCACGCCUUUUUCUCCAGCACCGACUGGAACAACCUGAGACAAGUCCUCCCGCCUUUUGUUCCGAAGCUGCAAACAGAAGAUGACACCUCUAAUUUUGAAGAACCGGAGCAGGCAGCCCCCCGGUCUGCCCCUGCUGCCCAGCGAGGAGCUCAGACAGCGGGCUUCAAGGGCCACGAUCUGCCCUUUCUAGGCUGGUUCUUCAGCAGGGCGUUGACAGCGCUCGCCAAAGCCGAGUCUGUGUCGGCUGGCAUCAACUCCCCUGCCAAGACCAACUCCAUGGAAAAGAAGCUACACCUGAAAAGCAAAGAACUACAAGAAACUCAAGACAAAUGCCACAAGAUGGAUCAGGAGAUCUCCAGGUUCCAGCGUAAGAUGACCGACCUGGAGUCCGUGCUCCACCAGAAGGAUGUGGAGCUGAAGGCCUCGGAGACCCAGAGGACCAUCCUGGAGCAGGACCUCGCCACCUACAUCACAGAAUGCAGCAGCUUGAAGCGCAGCUUGGAGCAGGCCCGGGUGGAGGUCUCCCAGGAGGAUGAUAAGGCCCUGCAGCUGCUCCACGACAUCCGAGAACAGAGCAACAAGCUGCAGGAGAUUAAGGAGCAGGAGUACCAUGCCCAGCUGGAGGAGAUGCAGGUCACCAUCCGGCAGCUGGAGGAGGACCUGUCGGCGGCCCGGCGCCGCAGCGACCUCUACGAGUCGGAGCUCAGGGACUCCAGGCAGACCAGCGAGGACCUGAAGAGGAAGGCCGUGGAGUACCAGCAGAGGAUCCAGAAGGCUAAAGAACAGGGCAAGGCCGAUGUAGAGGAGCUUCUCUCCAAACUGGAAAAGACAAAUUCUGAUCAGCAGCUGAAAAUCCAAGAGCUCCAGGACAAACUUUCCAAGGCGGUGAAAGCCAGCACAGAGGCCACGGAGCUGCUGCAGAACAUCCGCCAGGCCAAGGAGAGGCUGGAGCGAGAGCUGGAGCGCCUCCGGGGCAAGACGGAGCCCAGCGACACGCUGAAGCGCCGCCUGAGGGAGACGGAGGAGGGCAGGAAGACCCUGGAGAACCAGGUGAAGCGGUUGGAGAUGGUCGAGCGGCGGGAGAACAAGCUGAAGGACGACAUCCAGACCAAAUCCCAGCAGAUCCAGCAGAUGGCGGAGAAGAUCCUGGAGCUGGAGGAGAACCUGAGGGAGACCCAGGCCACGGCCCAGCGGAUGGAGACCCACCUGGCCCAGAACGAGAGGCUCUAUGAGGACAAGAUCAAGGUUCUGGAGGCUCAGAUGAAAGAGGACCUGGUGGACAAGGAGAGCCUGGAAACCAAGCGGGCCCAGCACGAGCAGGAGGCCCGUGAGAAGUUCAAGCUGAUCAGCGAGCAGAAGGCUACCAUUAACGCCAUGGACUCCAAGAUGAAGAACCUGGAGCAGCGCAUCUCCGAGCUGUCGGAGGCUAACAAGCUGGCGGCCAACAGCAGCAUCUACACCCAGAAGAACAUGAAAGCCCAGGAGGAGAUGAUCUCGGAGCUGCGGCAGCAGAAGUUCUACCUGGAGUCCCAGGCGGGGAAGCUGGAGGCCCAGAACGCCAAGCUGGAGGAGCACCUGGACAAGAUGAGCCAGCAGGAGCAGACCAAACGCAGCCGUCUGGUGGAGCUCGAGACCAGGCUCCGCGAGAUGGGGCUGGAGCACGAGGAGCAGAAGCUGGAGAUCAAGCGGCAGGUGUCGGAGCUGACCCUGUCGCUGCAGGAGCGCGAGUCCCAGAUCAGCGGCCUGCAGGCGGCCCGCCACGCCCUGGAGAGCCAGCUGUCCCAGGCCAAGACGGAGCUGGAGGAGACCACCGCAGAGGCUGAAGAGGAGAUCACCGCGCUCAGGUCUCACAGAGAUGAAAUUCAGCGCAAAUUUGAUGCCCUGAGAGACAGCUGCUCAGUGAUCACGGACCUGGAGGAGCAGCUGACCCAGCUGAGCCAGGAGAACGCCGAGCUCAACCGCCAGAACUUCUACCUGUCCAAGCAGCUGGACGAAGCGUCGGACGAGAGCGAGGACCGCCUGCAGCUCAGCCAGGAGGUGGACCGCCUCCGCAGAGAGGUGGCCGACCGCGAGAUGCACCUCAACAACCAGAAGCAGAAUAUUGAGACGUUGAAGACGACGUGCAGCAUGCUGGAGGAGCAGGUGGUGGAGCUGGAGUCUCUGAACGACGAGCUCCUGGAGAAGGAGAGGCAGUGGGAGGCCUGGAGGGGCGCGCUGGAGGAUGAGAAGAGCCAGGCGGAGAGACGCACCCGGGACAUGCAGAGGCUGCUGGACAACGAGAAGCAGAACAGGUUGCGCGCCGACCAGCGCAGCACCGAGUCCCGCCAGGCCAUAGAGUUGGCGGUGAAGGAGCACAAGGCUGAGAUCGUGGCGCUGCAGCAGGCCCUGAAGGAGCAGAGACUCAAGGCCGAGAGUCUGUCUGAUACGCUCAACGAUCUGGAGAAGAAGCACGCCAUGUUGGAGAUGAACGCCCGCAGUCUGCAGCAGAAGCUGGAGACGGAGCGAGAGCUCAAACAGAGGCUGAUGGAGGAGCAGGGGAAGCUGCAGCAGCAGAUGGACCUCCAGAAGAGCCACAUCUUCCGCCUCACGCAGGGCCUGCAGGACGCCCUGGACCAGACAGACAUGCUGAAGACGGAGAGGACGGACCUGGAGUACCAGCUGGAGAACAUCCAGGCCGUGUACUCCCAUGAGAAGGUGAAGAUGGAAGGGACUAUCUCCCAGCAAACCAAACUCAUUGACUUCCUCCAGGCCAAAAUGGACCAGCCAACAAAGAAGAAAAAGGGUAUAUUCGGGAGGCGCCGGGAGGACGUGGGCACCACCACCAACGGGGCCCUGAUGCCGCUGCCCCCGCCGCCCCCCAUGCCCCUGCAGUACGGGGACAUGAAGCUGGCCCUGGAGAAGGAGCGCUCCCGCUGCUCGGACCUGGAGGAGACCCUGCAGAAGAUGAGGAUCGAGCUGCGCUCCCUCAGGGAGGAGGCAGCCCACUUCAAGGCCCAGGAGCACGCGGGCCCCUCCACCCCGGCCCAGGCCCGGCAGCAGAUCCUCAUGUCGGCCAUCGUCAAGUCACCCGAGCACCAGCCCAACCCCAGCGGCCUGCUCAACCCCUCCACGCGCUGCAAGGAGACGGCCACGCCUGAGGAAAAGAGGAGGGUCACCUUUGAGAAGUUUGGCCGGCGCGUGAAGGAGAGGAUGCACCACAACAUCCCCCACCGCUUCACCGUGGGCCUCAACAUGAGGGCGGCCAAGUGCACCGUGUGCCUGGACACGGUGCACUUUGGACGGCAGGCCGCCACGUGCCUAGAGUGCCACACGCUGUGCCACCCCAAGUGCUCCCCGUGCCUGCCGGCCACCUGCGGCCUGCCCGCCGAAUACGCCACCCACUUCUCAGAGGCCCUGUGCCGGGACAAGGCCAACUCCCCCGCCCUGCAGGUGAAGGAGGCCAGCGGGCACGUCCGCCUGGAGGGCUGGAUGAAGCAGCCCAGGAACGGGAAACGCGGGCAGCAGGGAUGGGAGAGCAAGUAUGUGGUGCUGGAUGGUACCAAGGUGUCCGUGUUUGAUGGCGAACCCAGAGAGGACUGUGCCAAGGCGGAGGAGGAGUUUGAGCUGUGUCUGCCUGACGGGGAGGUGAGCGUGCACGGUGCCGUGGGCGCCUCGGAGCUCAUCAACACCGCCAAAUCAGACAUCCCCUACAUACUGAAGCUGGAGUCCCACCCUCACACCACCUGUUGGCCCGGUCAGACCCUCUACUUCAUGGCUCCCAGUUUCCCAGACAAGCAGCGUUGGGUGGCGGUGCUGGAGUCUGUGGUGGUCAGUAGCCACGCCUCCAAGGACAAAGGGGAGACUGAGGCUGCGGGUGUUGCUAAACGACAGAAGAGCCUGUCCUCGCUGGUCCAGAAACUACUGGGCAACUCUCUUCUUAAGUUGGAGGGCGAUGACCGUCUGGACAUCAACUGCACUCUGCCACUCACCGACCAGAUCGUGCUGGUUGGGUCUGAGGAGGGUCUGUAUGCUCUGAACGUGAUCAAGAACUCUCUGACGCACAUCCCCGGCCUGGCCUCCGUCUUCCAGAUCCAGAUCCUGAAGGAGUUGGACAAGCUGCUGAUGAUCACAGGAGAGGACAGGGCUCUGUGUCUGGUGGAGAUCAAGAGGGUGAAGCAGUCUCUGUCCCAGUCCCACCUGCCAGCCCAGCCCGACCUCAACGCCUGCAUCUUUGAGACGGUCAAGGGGUGCCACCUCUUCUCCUCUGGCAAGAUUGAUAACGGAAUGUGUAUUUGCGCCGCCAUGCCCAAUAAAAUCACCAUCCUGCGUCACAACGAGAGCCUCAACAAGUUCUGCAUCCGAAAGGAGAUCGAGACCUCAGAACCCUGCAGCUGCAUCCACUUCACCGGCUACAGCAUCGUCAUCGGCACCAACAAGUUCUACGAGAUAGAGAUGAAGCAGUAUGUGCUGGAAGAGUUCCUGGACAAGAACGACGUGUCGCUGGCCUCCGCUGUAUUCUCGGCCUCCUCCCACAGCUUCCCCAUCUCCAUCAUCCAGGUCACCAAGGCCCCUCAGAAGGACGAGUACCUGCUCUGCUUCCACGAGUUCGGUGUGUUCGUGGACGCCUACGGCCGCCGGAGUAGAAACGACGACAUCAAAUGGAGUCGUCUGCCCCUGUCCUUCGCCUACAGAGAACCCUACCUGUUUGUGACCUACUUCAACUCGCUGGACGUGAUCGAGAUCCAGGGGCACGCUGCUCUCGGACCCCACUCGUACGCCCACCUGGACAUCCCCAACCCGCGCUACCUGGGCCCGGCCAUCUCGUCGGGGGCCAUCUACCUGGCCUCCUCCUACCAGAACAAGCUGAGGGUCAUCUGCUGCAAGGGCAACCUGACCCAGAGCCAGGAGGCCGGCAGCGACCUGCAGCGCAACGGCUCCGGUCGCAGUCCCAACAAGCGCGGACCCCCCACCUACAACGAGCACAUCUCCAAGCGGCUGGCGGCCAGCCCCGUGGUGCACGGGGACCCCGGGACCCCCCACCGCUACCGCGAGGCGCGCACCGAGUUCCGCCGGGACAAGUCCCCCAACCGGCCCCUGGAGAGGGAGAAGUCCCCCGGCAGGAUGCUGGAGGGCCGCAUCGUGGGCUCCCCCGGACGCGCCAUGGCACAGGACCCCCGCCUGGACCGCUCCCCGGGCCGCGCCAUGGCCCAAGACCCCCGCAUGGAGCGCUCGCCCGGCCGCAUGAUGGACGUCCGCCGGGAGAGGUCCCCCGGCCGCUACGAGGAGCGUCAGCGGCUCCACACGGGCUCCGGUCGCACGCCCAUCAACCCCGUCAACAAGGUGUGGGACCAGUCGUCCGUCUGAGCGUCUGCAGCACCAACACCACCACCUCCACCACCACCACCACCGUACUCAGCGCAUCCGCCCUACACCCAGCUCUUGAUCUCUGCAAGUGGGGGGAGGGGAGGCCGAGGGCGGGAGCGCAGUUACCCCCGGCAACGGCUCAGACGGCAUGAUGAAACACUGCCACACAAUGUUUUAUCUGAGAGGGAGAGAGCGAGUGAGCGAGAGACACCCACAGGACAAGCUGCUCGUCGAGAGAGCGAGACGACUGCGGUAAAACACAGAUGUCAUUGGAAUCAGGUUGUAUAAUGUCACUAGCUUCACCUGCUGGGUGGUGGUUGACAGGGCGUAACGGGUCUCUCGCCCUUCGGUCGCCCCCUGCAGACGUCAUGAAGGACUCCCAAUAAGCACAGCUGUAGCAACCCUAUUUUAAUAAUACAUACAAGGAAAAAAAACAAUGCCAAAAUGCAAUGGGUUCAUCAGACCAUUAGGCACUUUUAAAAUGCAAGAGGUGGACCCUAAUGAAAGCGAUUCGUAUGAUUUGAGCGUUUUCUAUCCUUCUCCCCGUCCACAAACAGCUGACAGUCGUGUCGGCAGCUCUGUGAGGCUCUUGCUCCAGCCAGGCCCUGACACGGCUCGCACACGCAUCACAGUCAACCUAUCCCAAACCCCCGUCUCCCCCUGAAGACGGCUGUUUGGUUUGAAGACGUUGAAAGGCUCGGCUGGAGCAAAAGCGUCACAGAAUCCCUGCCUUGUUCAUGCCCCCCCCUACCCUACCCCCCCCCCCCCCCCCCCCUAUCCUUGGAAGAUGUCUGCCCUGGCAAAAGGCUGCACCGUCCCUCCGCUACAGUCGAACAGGACCUUUCUUAGUCGUCAGAGCGCUCUACUUUGUUUGUACAUAGGCAGACUUAAUUUUAUACGUACUGAGAAGGAAUUUCAAGGCCGGAGAGGCCGUGUCUAUUUUUGUUAAAGAAAACAAAAAGUGAUUGUUAUGUGUCCUCUUGAAUGUCAAAAAUUAAUAUUAUUUUAAAUAUAUAUGUUCCGAUGUCUUUGAAUCAAGUUAGUGAUUUUAUCUUGAAUAUGCACUUCCAUCUGUCAAUGGCGAAUAUAUAUGCUAGCUAUGAGGGAGGGGAACGGGGUAAAACAAAAAAAUCAUGAGUGAAGCUUACAACAUAGUAGCAUUUCUUUCUGUACCAUGCUCCUCGAUAUUGUAUAUAGCCCAAAUUGUUGUUAAAAGUCGAAGAUGAACAUAGUAUUUGUUUUUACUGAAUGAUAAACGGCAUGGGUAUGUAUAUCUGAGGUGAAGGAGAGAGCUGCUUUUGCCUCGUCUAGGGUGUGUCGACACUCUCUCUGAUCACUAAGAAGCACGCUAAUCAAGGGAAGUGACUUUAAGACAUGCAUUGAACACCCCGAUUCUCUUCUAUUUGAUUCCAGUUUAUCCUGUGCACCUUAGCCACAUGCUGAAGUAAUGCCAUUUUUAUUUUAAUGUAGGCACAAUUCAUUUGAUUCAAUGAAUUGUUAAACGCAGACCAAUUCCCUAAAAAAGAUCUUUGACCCAUGUCAAUCAAUCAAUCAAUCAAUCAAUCAAUCAUUCCUAGUAUAUAUAUAUAUACUGUAGUGUCCAUGACAAUGAUCCACCCAAUCACUUAUAAAUUAUCAUCAAAUGAUAUAUUUGAUCUGUAUUUUUUCCUGUUGAAUAUGAAAACGUGAGGUGCCAUUGCUUUAACCAUGCCCUGUGUUUGUACGCCCAACCCCACGACUUUUCAUUUCAUUUCUAGAAGGGAACAUUUUGAAUGUACCAAAGCCUGGAAGGCUGACGACCGGUGGUCAACAUGUGUCCGAUCAAAGGCGACCCCAUCACUACAGAUUGCACAACUGCUGUAAUGGUAUUCUGUUAAGACGUCAUUCCUGUAUUUGAAGGGGGGCUAUCCGUUCCCUUAGGUGUCGCUGGGGGGGGGGGGGGGGGGGGGGUGUAAACGGGGGUGUAAACGGAUGUAAAUCUGUUAAGUAUUCUAAUGUAUCUGUUGUCACCCUGCAAGGAGGCUCAGCGACACCCACAAGACUCGGCAUCCCUUUAGUUAGAUUUGUCUUUAUCUUUUCUUUUCGCUCCAUGACAAAAAGCUCGAUAUGAUGUUGAUGUUUGCUGAUGGACGUUUUAUUAGCGUCCAUUGUAGAGUUUUUGUCACAGAAUAUAAAAUAUUAUACCCAA